AUGGCGGGUACAUUAAUUUUAGGUAAAAAUGAAUUUAAACUACUUGAUGAAAUUGGUUCAGGUACAUAUGCAAAAGUUUAUAAAGCAAUCGAUUAUCAACAUCAACGAGAAGUUGCGAUUAAAUGUAUGUUACUUGAUAGUGAACGUUAUGGUCUUCUUUGUGUUGUUAUACGUGAAAUAAAUCUCUUACUUGAAUUAAAACAUCCAAAUAUUGUUCAAUUAUAUGAUAUAAUACGACGUGAUAAUGAAAUAUAUUUAAUAUUUGAAUAUAUGAAUAUUGAUUUAUAUCAAUAUAUGAUUCGUAAUCAUCGACCAUUACCUGAUAUUCAAGUAAAAAUUUAUUUUUAUCAAUUAUUAAAUGGUUUAGAUUUUUGUCAUACAAAUAAAAUUUUUCAUCGAGAUCUUAAACCUCAAAAUCUAUUACUUGACACCAAAGGUACAUUAAAAAUAGCAGAUUUUGGUCUUGCUCGUGAUGCAACUGUACCGAAACGUGCUUAUUCAAAAGAAAUUAUUACUCUAUGGUAUCGUCCACCUGAAAUAUUGCUUGGAACUGAUAUCUAUUCUAGUGCUGUUGAUAUUUGGAGUGCUGGUUGUAUUUUCGCUGAAAUGUUACGAAAUUCGCCAUUAUUCAAAGGUGAUUGUGGAAUUGCACAAUUAUUCUGUAUUUUCCAAGUUUUAGGUACACCAAAUGAAAAAUUAUGGCCUGGUGUUUCAUCUCUACCUAAUUAUACAUUUGAUUUUCCUCAAUGGCAACCAACAUCAUCACUUAGUAAAUAUGUACAUUUAAGUCAUAAUAAAGCUGAAGAUCUUUUAUCACGUUGUUUAUCUUAUAUACCGGAACAACGUUUAACAGCUAAACAAGCUUUACAACAUCCUUAUUUUGUACAAGAUAAUGAAUAA